GUAGUUGUACAACAACUGUGCUGCUUUCAUCCUGCACACACAAGACAACAAGAAUAAACCACAGGGCGCCACAGCUUUCAUCUGUAGCACAACGUAUAGACUUCAGCUGUAGUUGCAGUUAAAUUUGGAGACGGCUGUUACAGAAAAACCUGCUCCUUUUAUUACUAACUCAGAGACAACCUUGAUAUGGCACAUGUCAAAGAGAUGCAGCUCCUGUUCCAUGUGGCACUGGUGUUGUCAGUCAUUCUGACCUCAGCUCUGAAGACCCUAGACUCAGAACAAGAGCUGCAGGACAGUGGGUUCGGUCAACCGCCACCUCGCCACGGCCUCAAGUUGCUGGUGUGGUACGUUCAGGACUGUGUGGACAACAACAUGGUGGCUCUGUGUGAUCCUAUUCAAGGAGAGUAUGGAUUUCAUGAAUUUCGGAACCUCAAGCCCUGGCAUCUGCUGCCAGUAAUAAAGGAUAAAAAGCAAUACACGUACUACACCAUCGGAAACCUCAACUAUCCUCAUGCCAAGGACCUGCCGUAUGAAGUCAGGAAGUACUACAACCGCAGCGACCCUGACAGUAACAUGGACAGAGUUUUGGUGAGAUACAACAACAACAACAAACACAUCGACCAGAUCUACGCAUCUGCACAUUAUAAGGCGAAAGAGACGUACAUAAUUGGCCCCAAUCUUCUUGCCUCUCUUCGACAGCCAGCAGCCCACAUUAACAUAGAAAUGUGAUGUACUCCUGAUGUAAAAUCUCUAUGUGACAACUUUAAUAGCUCUGUGAUUCUUCCAAAAAAUUGUGAUGAAAUUGCAAAUGUGUUUUAAACAAGCUUGACUGACAUGUUUGGCUGCUUUGUAGUCAGAAUGAGAAAAAAAGUGCCAGACUACUUUGAUGAGCUUAUUUAACUCUUGAGUAUGAGUCAGGAAAGUAACCCUGCACAGCCUGACUGCUUGUA